AUGAUCAGGGAGGGAAAUGCGCGUGUCGCAGUGUUUGCAUCCGAGGGCAACGCGGGGGCGUUCAACUUCCAGGGAGGUGACAUCGGCUAUAUUCCCGCAGCGCACGGCCACUACGUCGAGAACACUGGAAACACAACGCUCCGCUUCCUCGAGGUCUUCAAGACUGCGACCUUCCAGGAUGUCAGCCUGACUCAGUGGCUCGCCCUCACACCCCCUGCGAUGAUCGAGGCGACGCUUAAUAUCAAUGCCGAGGACCUCAAAUACUUCAGCAAGACCAAGCCCAUCGUCGUCGGUCCCGCUCCGGUCAACGGCACCACGGUUGCCUGA